GAACCUUUCCUGACGGCGUUUCAACUUCAAAGUUCAAAUAAUAGUCUGGCUCAUCGACUCCGACAGAAACCCUUGUGCUUUGCUUAUUGAAGAACACAAGAACAAAGUAGAAUCAUGGGAAAGAAACAGAAGAAGGCAGGGAAAGGCAAGGAGAAAACCGAGAGAAAAACCGCUAAAGCUGAAGAGAAAAAAGCUCGUCGUGAGUCUAAGAAGCUCUCCCCUGAAGAUGACAUUGAUGCUAUUUUGUUGAGUAUACAGAAAGAGGAAGCUAAAAAGAAGGAUGUUCAUGUUGAUGAGAAUGUGCCUGCCCCAUCUCCACGGUCGAAUUGCUCGUUGAGUAUAAAUCCAGUGAAAGAGACUGAAUUAAUCCUUUAUGGUGGUGAAUUCUACAAUGGCAAUAAGACAUUUGUUUACGGUGAUCUUUAUCGCUAUGAUAUCGAAAAGCAAGAGUGGAAAUUGGUAUCCAGCCCUAAUAGUCCACCACCUCGUAGUGCACAUCAAGCUGUUGCUUGGAAGAAUUACCUCUAUAUCUUUGGUGGCGAAUUUACAUCUCCAAAUCAAGAGAGAUUUCAUCAUUACAAGGACUUUUGGGUGUUGGAUUUAAAAACUAAUCAAUGGGAGCAAUUGAAUUACAAGGGAGCUCCAAGUCCACGGUCUGGUCAUCGGAUGGUUUUGUACAAGCAUAAGAUUAUAGUGUUUGGUGGAUUUUAUGACACUCUUAGAGAAGUAAGAUACCUUAAUGAUCUGCAUGUAUUUGACCUGGAUCAAUUCAAGUGGCAAGAAAUAAAGCCUCGACCCGGGUGCAUGUGGCCUAGUCCACGGAGUGGCUUUCAACUUGCUGUUUAUCAAGACGAGAUAUUUUUGUAUGGAGGUUAUUUCAAAGAAGUUGCUUCGGAUAAAAGUAGCAGCACGGAGAAGGGAGUAGUCCACUCUGACAUGUGGUCUUUGGACCCUAGAACUUGGGAAUGGAAUAAGGUAAAGAAAAGUGGAAUGCCUCCAGGACCUCGUGCUGGAUUUUCUAUGUGUGUCCACAAGAAAAGAGCUGUGCUUUUUGGAGGAGUGGUGGACAUGGAAACUGGUGGUGAUGUUAUGAUGAGUCUAUUUUUAAAUGAACUAUAUGGUUUCCAGCUGGACAAUCACCGCUGGUACCCGUUGGAGCUCCGGAAGGAAAAGUCCAGCAAAGAUAAGUUGAAAAAGAUGGGUGGUGAGAAUAUUCAUGCAAGUUUACUUGAAAAAAAGGCUAGUUUAUCACAUAUAGACACUGGUGUAGCAAAUAGAGACGAUACAGCUAUGGUUGACAAAGAAUCAGGAAAUAAAUUGGAGGAGAGCAUAAGUGAGAUGUCUAUUGAGACAGACUAUAAUGGAAGCAGUGGUAGACUGGGCUCAAAAUCUGACAGCGGGUAUCUGGAACCCGAUACCAACUUGGAAUCACAAAAUAUUACUUCACCAGAGGUAGUGAAGCCUUGUGGACGAAUUAAUGCGUGCCUGGCGGUUGGAAAAGAUACAUUGUACUUGUAUGGGGGCAUGAUGGAGAUCAAAGAUCGUGAAAUUACGCUUGAUGAUCUGUACACUCUUAAUCUCAGCAAAUUGGAUGAAUGGAAAUGCAUAAUACCAGCUUCAGAAUCUGAAUGGGUUGAAGCUUCAGAGGAGGAAGGUGAUGAUGAGGAUGAAGAAGACGAAGAUGACAGUGAAGAUGGUGAAAGCAGCGGUGAGCAGACCGAUGAUGAUGAAGAAAUGGAGGAUGUUAAUGAUGACGAGAAAUCGCGUCAAAUAGGGGAUGCUGUUGCUUUAAUAAAAGGGGAAGGAAAGAAUCUCCGAAGGAAGGAAAAACGCGCAAGAAUAGAGCAAAUCAGAGCUAGUCUUGGACUUUCAGAUUCAAUGAGAACGCCUGUGCCUGGUGAAUCUUUGAGAGAGUUCUAUAAGCGCACCAAUAUGUACUGGCAAAUGGCAGCUUAUGAACACACCCAACACACUGGGAAGGAGCUUCGGAAAGAUGGUUUUGAUCUUGCUGAUGCUCGAUAUAGGGAGCUGAAACCGCUUCUUGAUGAGUUGGCUGUGCUGGAAGAGGAACAGAAGGCCGAAGAGCAAGAAGCGGCUGAAUCAAGCUCUAAAAGAGGAAACAACAAAAAAAACAGGGUGUCAUCCUCUCAAAGAUAACCCUUAUUGUGACUUGUGAGUUGUCUACCAAAAUUUUGACUUGUUUUCCGUGUAAAAUUCAAUUGAAACCCAUUACUGUUCUUGGUAGAUCUAGUCUCUAUACUUAAUAUAUACGCUAUCGCCUAUCUAUAUAAUACGAUCCUUACUUACUAAUGUAAGAAAACACAAUGUGGGCCCCAAGUCCCAACACAAAUGUUGUACUUUUACGACGGGACCCCAUCUCAGGCAACCUACCCGAUGUGAGAAGUGAGAAAUGAGUCGACCAACUUUUAGGCAGGGGUGGAGCGUGGAUCGAAAAUAGACGAUGUGUACCUUUACUUUCCAUGAUUCAUGGGAAAAAAGAGCUGUCCUUUUCUGUUUUCUUUUCAUAGUUUUGGUAAGACACCACUAAUUCUGGUGCAUACAUGAAUAAUAUCUGAACGCAGGAUGUCAAACCAUGAUAUGAUAUCAUAUAAUCAUAUGAUUACGUUCCCAUUAUCGUUAUGUAUGGUUGUCCUGAGCAGGCGGUUCUGGAUCUGGACACGCAACUUAUUUUCUUAUUAAUGAUGUUCUUUUGAAACAUAUGAUUACUUAGUUGAAUGCUUUUGGGAACUUAAAGUUGUAGAGUGAAAAUGGGGGCCUGGUUGAUGCAAAAAAAAUGAACUAUUUAUUGGUGUUAGGCUGUUAGUUCAUGUAUUUCGACUGUUGUCCCCUUUUACCAGUAACAGUUGGCCCCAUCUUUUAGACUUUUUGUGGGGAAAAGGCUCUAUGUUUAGCAUAUACUCUUAUUAAUUUCGUCUAUGUUUCUAACUUUUUGGCCUAAUUACUGAUUAGUGCCAUCAUCAGCACUAAUUAUUUUCAACACUUUAAUUGAUUUUCGUGGACUUUUGCACACUGCUUUAAUAAUCCGUUUAAUAAACUUCAUAUUUAUCAACUGAUUCGUUUAUUUGUAACAGGAAUUUGUUUAAAUCGCUAAUUUAACAAACACUAAAAUUAAAUAAUUUGACCAAUUUCUUUUUCGGAAAUUGGUUUUUUAAGUCUUGUGUGAUGGACUCUUGGAAAAAAAUAAUGACUUUUACAUAAUUUGUUGUUAUUUUUAAUUAGCCGUUUAAAAUAUGUUUGGAUAGGAGAAAAUUUAGAAAACAAAGGGAAAGGGCAAUCAAGGAUCGUUUUACUAUUUUUUUUUUUAAUUGGGUAAGAAUAGGAUAAGGAAUGGAAAUCUUUCACAUCUUAACUAAAAUAACUCUUUUUAAUGUUGCAAAGACAUGGAUAGAAAACAUAUCGAUCAUCUCCUUCUUUCCUUUCCUUUCCCUUUUCUCCCUUCCUUUCCUUUUAAAAAUGUUAUCUAAACAUAGUACUUUUAUUAAUUAAUACUUUACAAAUUCUUAUUUGAGACCGUCUUUACAAAAGACGUUUUAAAUUU